AGUUGACAGUGUUUCCGAAAUUGGCCAGCUUUACUUUGCGCAGAGCAGACGAGAAUCCUAACAGAUCAAAAUGAUGACCAAACCAUUUGGGAAGAGUGGGGACGUGAAUGAGCUGGUGAGUUCCCUUGGCUGGCUUGAUGAGGACGGCAGCUCACAGGAUGGAGAUGAAAGCCCUGAAAUGAGGGGACACCAUGGCCUGAUUGCAGGAGGCCGAAUGCAUUCCUGCACAGAACUGGGCAGUGAGGAUAUGGAAGAAGAAGAGGACGACGAUGAUGAUGAGGUUGGACCUCAUGGAGAAAAGGGUCCCAAAAAGAGAGGUCCUAAGAAGAAGAAGAUGACCAAAGCUAGACAGGAAAGGUUUCGUGCCCGGCGGAUCAAGGCCAAUGCCAGAGAACGUUCCCGUAUGCAUGGGCUGAAUGAUGCUCUGGAGAAUCUGCGCCGCGUGAUGCCCUGUUACUCCAAAACACAGAAACUUUCAAAGAUUGAGACUCUCCGGCUGGCCCGCAAUUACAUCUGGGCUCUGUCCGAGGUGCUUGAGAGUGGUCAGUCCACAGAAAGCCAUGGGUUUGUAGAGAUGCUGUGUAAAGGUCUUUCUCAGCCCACCAGUAACCUUGUGGCUGGCUGCCUGCAGCUGGGACCCACUUCCAUGAUUCUUAACAAGCUAGAGGACAAGUGUGGAGGCCCAGAAGUAGGUGGCGUCGUGGCUGGACAUCCCCUCAGUUACCCAUCCCCAGGCCUUCCCAGUCCACCCUAUGGGUCCCUGGAAGCAUCGCACCUCCUUCAUAUAAAGGGAAUCAAAGGCCCAAUGUACGACAACUCUUCCCCUAACGAGUGCAGCAGUGGCACCCCUCCAUAUGACGGGCCCCUCACUCCCCCCCUAAGCAUCAGUAGUAACUUUGCCCUGAAACAGGAGCCUUCUCCACAUGAAUCGGAGAGGAACUACACACCCCAUCCUGGACACCAUGCCCACUACCUCUCAUCCCACCAUUACCCCACUUCCACAGCUGGCAGCUUACCCGGAGGGCAUCAAGCUCACCCGAUCUUUCAGGCUUCUCGUUAUGAGUUGCCCCUGGAUGUGGCCUUUGACGCCUUCACCCCCUCUCACCUGAUCUCAUCCCAGAUGGGCACAAUUUGAAAUGAAAUGGAACCAGUGAGUUGCUGUUUAGCAACUGGCAGAAGGAGGAGAAGCAUGACUCUUGUAUAAACUGCUGUAAAAAUGACAACCAUUGUACUGACUGUAUAGAAAAAACGGUUUGCAUUUAUGUUGUGUUGUACUCUGGGAGAGCACAGAAUGCUCAUAGAGGGAGAGACUCAUCACCUCAACUCGAUCUACCUGAUACAAACAUGCACCCAUAACAUUCUCUAAUUUAUUUAUUCUUUUUUGUUAUGAUCAUAGAUUAUUUUUGGAUUCCAAGUAUUUCUAAACAUGUUUCCCCCUCAGUUGUUAAAGAAUGGAACUAGGGAUCACAUUUCCAAUCAGAUACCCACGCUUAUGCAUGACUGAAAUGCUGCAGACUUGUGUCUGAUAAGAAGAGCUUUUUACAAAGAUCUGUAAAAAAUAAAUAAAAGAAAAAAACACAAAGAAUGAUCAGAAGGUUGUUCAGCUUAAAUUGUGCACUAAGUCCACA